GCCUUGUAAUUGUGACCGUGAAUAAAAGGGGUUUACUGGGAAACCGGCUGGAUUUGUACGCAAAUAAUCAGCUCGGUGCUUUUUACCUGCAGUCAUGAAGCUAGUGAGAUUUUUGAUGAAACUGAGCCAUGAGACAGUGACGAUAGAACUGAAAAAUGGGACUCAGGUUCACGGCACUAUCACAGGUGUUGACGUCAGUAUGAAUACACACUUGAAAGCUGUAAAAAUGACUGUGAAAAACAGAGAGCCUGUGCAGUUGGAGACUUUAAGUAUAAGAGGAAAUAAUAUCCGUUACUUUAUACUACCAGAUAGCUUGCCCCUUGACACCCUACUUGUUGAUGUUGAACCAAAAGUUAAAUCUAAGAAAAGAGAAGCUGUUGCUGGAAGAGGCAGGGGAAGGGGCCGUGGAAGAGGACGAGGAAGAGGACGGGGGAGAGGAGGUCCAAGACAAUAACUUACUACUGCUUAUUUUCACCAUGAACCGGGAAUAUCUUUUUGUACAGAUUUUUGCUAAUUUUUAAUAAAAACCAGAAUGGGUG